CUCUUUCGUGCUGUCAGUGCAAAUCCAACAUUCUACACCCUCUCCAUUUACAUUCUACCAGUAAAGAUGGACACGACGAAUGCCAAGGCGCAGUACCUCUUACAGACACUGGCAAUUGGAAUUCAGCUCGAUGAGCACAGCAGCUCGGGACCAGCAGGCGGGCGGCCACGGAAGCAGAGCCUGUCACAACGACUCGGGUUCCAACAGCCGCAAGCAGAGCAAGCACCACAGAAGCCUAAGCUGUCACCUGCAGAGAAAGGCAAAGGCAGAGGCAAAGAGCCAGACGUUGGUGAGUCCGACGAGCAGCAAGCAGACAAGCAGUCAGGCAGUCCGCCAGCAGAGAAUGCUGGUGCAGCAGCAAUUGCCGACCUUCUUGGUGACAAGCCUGCGUCGCCAGCACCCUCAGUGAGCUCACAGAUGCAGAAGCAGCGUAUGGCCAAGAUCGAGUGUGCCGAGAUGGUGGGCGGCGACCUGUACGUGGGCACCAACGACGGACGCAUCGUGCACUAUGCGAUCGACACGCCGGUCAUUGGCUCGGGUGAAGUGCCAGAGAACUUCCGUGUGAAUAGCGUUGACCUGAAGAUGGGUGGCAAGCGUGUCGAGCAUAUCAUUGCGUUUCCUGGUAUGUGUCGGUUGGUAGUUCUGUGCAGCUCGACGGUCUUGUUUUACUCGCUGCCUGAGUUGCGGCCGGUGCCAUCGAUGGGCAGAGUGAAGGGUGUUUCGUGUAUCGCGUUUGAUGAGCGCGCGGAUCGGUCAUCGGCAACGACGGUGAUUCUGUGCGUGGCGAGGAUGCGCAGCAUUCAGAUGUACCGUAUGGCGUCAGAGCUCAGACUGGAGCAGGAGGUGGGGAUAGAUAGCAGCGUAGCCAGCAUAUGCCAGUAUGGAAACUAUGUGUGCCUGGCGGAUACAGAGACAUACAAAAUUCUGGACUUGGCCAAAAUCCGAGCCACAUCGGUGGAGAAUGGGCAGCUGGUACUCUUGCCUACAACACAGCCGUACAAGGACGAGAAGACAGGGAGGAUUGUGCGUCCACCUCGGCCGCGUACGCUGGUGGUUGGUCCCAACGAGUUCAUGUUCCUGACAUCGUCUGGGGAUGAGACGACGUUGGGUGUCAUUAUUACAGCCAUGGGCGAGGCGCUGCGGGGAACCCUGCAGUUUACCACAUACCCGAAAUCCAUCAUAUACGACGAUCCGAAUGUGAUUGCGAUAUUCGGCAACGGUGUGGUCGAGGUAUAUGACACGCGGCGGCAAGAGCAGACACUGACACAGAAGCUGUUUGCGGAGCCCGAGAGUGACAUUCCAAACAGCAGCCGGCCACGCAAGGUCUGCACUGUGGCAAGCACGCUGCUGUGCACCAAUGUCUCGCGGGCUGAGGUCAUCGAUGGCUCGGCAGCUGGGGUGCGAGUGACGUCGCCUGAUCUUGAUGCCAGCAGUUUGUUCCGGGCUGAGCAUAAACACUCGGAAAGCGAGAUGGACACAAAGCCUUGGACCGCAGCACUGGCGCAGUCGCAGCAUAUGGACCGCGAGAUGCUGGGUGAUAACAGCGUGUCGGCAGCACAUGGAACCGCGGGAAAGGCGCUGAGUCGGUUCACCAAUGCAACAAUACUGGUGUGUGCACAGGAUUCCGUAUAUACACUGGCCAACUUGCCGGAACUGGUGCGCGUGGACAGGCUGCUGGACGAUCAAAAGGUCGAGGCAGCAUUGUUGCUGGCCGACAAGGCGCUAGCGUCUGAUACCUCGCUUAACGCAAAGAUGGACGAAGUCGCAUACUGCUUCCAGAAAGCCGGCGCAGUCUGUUUGAAGAAUAUGCUUCUGGAUGACGCCCUGCAACACUUCCGUCGCGGGAGCCUGGAUCCACGCGCUUUAUUGCAUCUGUUUCCCGAAUAUGUUGACUAUCUAGGGACAUUGCUGAUUCCAUUUGGCCGAAUCCCGAUGGCCGCUGGCCUACGCGAUGUGUUCUAUGCGAUCGGUGAUGUCGACAGGCUAGUCGAAGUCGGUGCGCGGCAGAUGGCUGGUGAGAGUGAGGACCAGCUAGAACUGUUGAAGCAGACCCUGAAGGACAAUGCUCGAGAGAUGCUGGAGCGGUACCUUGAGUACGCGCGCCUUCAGAUGUCGCUACCCGAGCAACCAUUUGCGCCCGACUCUGUCCCUGUUAUUGACACCGUGCUAGCACGGAUAUAUGCCGAGAGCUCGCAGCACGACAAACUGAGCUCCAUGAUCAUGGCAUCUGACAAUAACAUUGUCGAGGACUUUGCUCGCGACUAUUUUCUGCAGACACAUCGGUACUACUACUGCAGCCUGUUCAAGAAGGCGCGUAAGGACACACAGGGCGUCCUGGAUGUAUGGCGGAAACUGCUUACUGGUGAAUGGGAGGAUGAGCAGUUUGGUGGGCUGGCCGAGUAUCUGGAGUAUAUCCAGGUGGUCAACAACCAGCGUGUUCUGCUUGACGAGUACUACUGGCUGGUCAGCUUCGAUAUUGGCACGUCGCUACAGGUCUUGAUGUACCUGACGGACGAGUCGGUUGCGUCCAUUGAUGCCGACAAGGUCAUCAAGGAAAUCGAGCCAUACGGGGACGAGCCGCUGCGCGCUUUCAUUGAGCGGCUGAUUGGUGCCAAGCAUGCGAGGGCCAAGCACUAUAUGACGUAUCUAGUCAAGGUGUAUGUGCGCCAGCUGCGUGAUUUCUACCUGGGUGAUGGGGAGGAGGCAAGGCACAGCCUGAAGCAGCUGAUGGAUGACUACCGCUGCGCGCAAGCCGAUGAUCUGUCGCUGACAUUCCGUGCAUAUCUCGAGUCCGUCUGCAACCAGGAUGCUGGCACCAGCUUGCGGUCACAAUUGCUAGCCAUCCUGUGUGCCCGACCGCUGUCGUACGACCCAGGUGAGGUUCUCGACUGCGUUGAGCAGGAAGCCAAGCCGUUGUUGCUGGCUGAGCGAGCGGUCUUGCUGGUGAUCUUGGAUCGCACAAACGAGGCCAUCGAUGUUUUGGUCAAAGAGCUUCAGGACUAUGCUGAGGCUGAGAUACUGCUCCUGCGUCCGUCGUUGCAGAAAUCACUGGCGCAGAUGUGCCAGGCGCACAGGGAUUUAGGCGAGGAUUCCGAUGGCGAUCAGGACGGAUACUGGCUGCUCCACCAGCAGACAGCUACCAGCAUCGCUGACGAGCUGCGCACACUAGCACUGGGCACUAGCGUGGAUCCUGAUAACGUGCGCAAGCUAGUCAGUAUGUAUAUUGCGCUGGGCGAAGCAGACGAUGAAACGGCGGCCCGCCUCGUUUCCGGACUGCUGGCAAGGUACGGCCAGUUCGUAGACAUGGAUGUUCUGGAACAGGUGCCUGAUAGCUGGCAGUUUUCGGUUAUCGAGAAAUUUGUUGUGAGCAAGUUCCAGAAGCUGGCGCAUGGUGCACAGACGAGCAAAGUCGAGCGCAGUGUGCGCCAGUCGCUUGAGUUCCAGUCGAGGGUUGAGGCCAUGGAGAGCAGCAAGAAUCAUGGCCCAGUUGUGCUGGAUUAUACGCAGACAUGUGCAAAGUGUGGCAAGCUGCUGGGAUCGUCGGCGUUUGCACUCAUACCCGAGUCCAACGAUAUUCUGCACUUGACAUGCUUGGGGUAGUCGGUGCCAUACGUACAUGUCAACGUCUUGUACAAAGUAGUAUUCCAGUAGAUUACAGAAUUCUUGAGCCGAGUGAUGCGGGCAGCUCCACUUUAGAACAUAUCUCUGCCAUGGAUCCACUGCUAGUGAGGCUCAGGCAGCUACAAGGGCGUGUGUAGAUGUAGCAUUCACAAAGCAGCACGCUGCCAAAUAGAGGCUCAGCCAUUGGUGAGCUACACAGUCCAGAGUGUGCUGGCUCUUAGCCUCACUCCAGCACCAGCGUUGAACAUGCUACAUAGCUACCUAUUCACAUUUUCCCAUGC